GUUGUUUUCCCGGAGUAAAAAAAGCAAAGGAAAUUUGCAGGAUGGUUGUAAUGCCCUGGAAGUUUUUUCUAAUAUUCACCAUAGCUCAAGUGAGAAAUGGAUACGUUACUGAAGGUUAUGAGAUUGACAGAUGUCUGCCGUAUGAAUCUACAACCGUCUUUGCCCUUGAAGGGGAGCAUGCCCGUUUAAGAUGUAGGCUGUGCAUUGGAUCCAGUCCAAUUGACAUGAAUGACCUUCAGACACAUGGAUUUACAAUCUCUUGGUUUAAAGACAAUGCCAAAAGUGGCUUUGUGGAAGUUUUAGACAAAGGAGCCAGAAUUGCUGUUCAAGGACUCUUAUUAGGAUUUUGGCCUGCAACUUUCAAUGACACUGGAAGAUAUUUUUGUUCUCUCUUCAAUGGAACUCACAACAUUACAGGUCCAAAUGAAAAUUUGGAUGUUACACCAAUCAGUGAAGGAUGUUACAGUGAAGAAAUAGAAUAUAGCCGGAAUGGAUUCAUUGGAUCAUCAAUUGAAUUGUCUUGUCCACACAUGCAAGAGUACAAGAAUAACAUAGACGAUCUGAAAUGGUAUAAGGAUUGUCAAGAGGAUGUUUCUACAGGAUCAUCACUGUUCUUUGAGAGUCUAAAAAAGGAACAUGCUGGACAUUACACUUGCAUACUUUCCAUUGAACAUUUUGGAAUACAAUACAAUGUUACAAGGACUUUGAAGUUGACACUGAAAGAUAAUUUUAAUCAAGGAACUUACAUUGACGUAGCAGCUUACAUAACUUCUGGACUUCCAAAGGUGAUUUAUAAUCAGAGAUGCACCUUUGAAGCGUAG